GUGAAGUUGGAGAGUGAGCCUCCUCCUGACCCAGGGCUGGAACCGUCAUGCCAUAGUGUGUUGGAGGCGGCGCUGGGAGCUCAGGCAGGACUCCCUGCGGGGUCGGAGCGGGUUCCACCUCCAUGGGUGGCUCUGAAGGCUGAGCUGGGCUGGGCUGUGACCCUGGAGAUGGCUCCAUGUUCGCAGGGAGUUCUACAGGCCGAGAUGGGGUCAUUUGCUGAGCUGUGGAAGGCUGCACCUCCAUGGUGGGAUCUAGAGGCAGACUUGGGAUCUCCUGCUGAGUCGAAGCAUCCUCCUCUUGCGGGGGCUCACUUGCUGGUGGUGCGGGCUCUUGUUGGACUGGAGAAGAUUCAGCUGCAGGGGAGUCUGGAGGCUGGAAAGAGAAGUCAUGCUGGACUGGAGAGAAUCCAGCUUGCCUGAUCUACGUAAAUUCAGAACCUACAAAGGCGGCUCUGUCCGAGACCUCCUCCGAGCCAUGAGAAAUAAGAAGCAUCACUACCGGGAGCUGCCCGGGGAGGUGCAGGAGACGCUCGGCUCCCUGCCCGACGACUUCGUGCGCUACUUCACCUCGCGCUUCCCGCGCCUCCUGUCGCACACCUACCAGGCCAUGGAGCUGUGCAGCCGUGAGAGACUCUUCCAGCCCUACUACUUCCAUGAGCCCCCGGAGCCCGAGCCCCGAGCCACUCCAGAUGCCCUCUGAGCCGGGCAAGCCCUCUGGUCUGUGACUGCGGGCCUGGCCUCUGCGUUCCCGAGCUGGAUGCCCGCCAGCUUAGCAGGGAGACCAAGCUGCCCCCACCAAGUGCCUUGAGCUGCCACUCUGCAGCUAGCAGAGGAUAACGCUGACCCUCGCAAGUGGGAGCGGGGACCCCUCAUGACCGCGGGGAGCUGAGAAGACGGCAGCCCAGAAGCUGUACAGGCGAGGACGUCUGCAAAGGAGGACCCGUCCCAGAGCCACGCAAGGAGCACCAUCGCCCUGUGCUGGAUGAACUCGCUUCGGCUCUCGUAUCUACCUAAAGUUCCUGCUGUUGGCAGUCCAGGGCCCUUCAGGAAGGGCGCAGAGGAAUUCUGGCUCGCUGUGUGCUAGGAGCAGUUAGGCCGAGAUGCAGUACGCUCAGCCUCUGCUAAAAGUGGCUCAAGAAGCAGCAGGGUGCUCAAUACGGGGCAUUCAGAGGUGUUGUGAUGGGGACAGGGGGCACCUUAUUGAUCACAGAUGUGCCCAGAGCGCCCAUGUUACCUCAAGCAGCAGAGCUGUGGGCACCGGCAGGUGAAGUUAGGGACUGGCCGCUGACGCACGUGGACGGCGGGGAUGUUGUGGGUGUCUGGCGGUGAACAGGUGCAGCGCUGGCCCAGGGCACCAGUGGCCUAAACAGUGGCCAUGGUGGAUUGCGUUGUUGGCCUCUGGGGCUAGACGUGAAGAGUUCCUUGGCCAUCAGUGAGGGCAUCCAAGACUAGACAGAAAGGGACAGGCCUUCAGGACCAGAGGGAAACAACCAAAUUGGAGCAUCCCAGCCACCUGGAGAAAGAUCUGAGCCAGACAGAAGAGGGCGAGCAAUGAGGUCCCUCUGUCCCUGAGGCCAGCAGAUCAGCACACACCUUGCGAGUGGGAGCUGUGGGGUGAGUCCCAGGACCAGAGUCGCUGUGGGCUUCCUGGGUCAGCUUGUUUCUCCUGGCAAGUUUUAGUGACUGUAUUUUGAUCAUACUGAAGAAAGCUAUAUAAUAAGUAAGCUUAAACUUAACUUGAAGCUUACUCGCAAAGAAGCAAUGCAAGACGUAAUAGUUUUCCAUUUUGUGCCAUACCAAAAUAUCGCCAUCCCCUCAAGAAUGUAGAACAUUCUCUAAUGCAGAAGACUAAAACAGUAUAGCAACACUAGGUAAAUUUUGCCAAAGUAAAUUAUAUCAGUACCUUUCCCCCUAAAAUUAAUAUAGUUUUUAACUUUAGUUUUAGUCAAACUUCCUGUCUUCUCCCCCCAGGGC